AUGGCCAAAGUGGAAGAGGCAGAGGAGUUUUUGGAGAGCUCCGAUGAUGAAGAGGCGGGCCCCGGCUACGCCACCCUGGCGCGCGAGGGGCCGAAAGAGUCCACCGGAAGCGUUGGGCAUCCCGAUGGCUGCACUCCGUGUACCUUCUAUUGCUUCACUCGGCGCGGCUGUAACCGCGGGGCAGAUUGCAAGUUCUGUCACAUGACGCAUCAGUCGAAGCUCCAACAACGUCGUGAAGCGUGGAAGAAGCAACAACGUGAGAAGCGCAAGCUCAUGCGAGGCUUUGCUCAUAAGGAUGAAGCUGCUCCCGAGGUUCCAAGGCCCCAAGUCGUCCGAAAGAAGCCGUUGGCCGAUGAGGUGCCGAAUGUGGGCACCAGCAUCAAGUCGGUGGUCUUCACGUACACUCCAUCCCGGCUCACCCUGACCACUGGGCAGCAGACGGAUAUCCGCCCAGCACUCUUUGGACCAACUGCUACGAGGCGCUUCACUGUGCUCAGCCGCUUGCCCGAUGGGCUGAUGCUCGAUUCUCAGACGGGCACCAUCAGCGGCGUACCCGUCACUGGAAGUUCAUGGGAAACCUUCUUCGUUCAGGUGGAGAUGAUGGAUGGACAGUCUGCACAAGCUAGUUUGGAGAUUGAAGUGGUCGACUUUUCUCGUGGAGGCUUCGUCAUGGGCCACAUCUCGGAAGUGGCACCGGGCCGAUUCAUGUUGGUGGUCUAUAAGCCCGAGGAUGAUGGGGGCAAGCCCGCGAACCCGGACCGGCCUCGCUUCUCGGGGCGUUCAGACGCUCUGCGUUCAGACGAUCUUCGCGCCGCCUCCGCGCACGUGCGAGAACAGGAAGCAAAGAAACUGGGAAAGCAGCCUCACUUUCCAGUGUCAGAUGGCACGAGCGUUCCAGCAGUUCCAGCAGUUCGUGCCGAACGAAGGGAGGAUAGCGGUGGUUUGAUGUGGCGUGUGGCGUGUGGCGUGCGGGAGCAAAAACACUUGGAGAUGAAGUUGCAGCAGUCAACCAUACCUGUCCACUUGCUGGUGGAUCACAUGAACAUGAGCUAUGGCAGCCGUCAAACCGAUCCUUUGUUUUUGCAGAGUGGUGGACCGUUUGGUGCCCUUUUAGGCCAGACGGGCCCCUUUCUUGGCUCGGGUGAAGCACCCGACGGACGAAUAUCUGGCGCAGCGCUGGACCGACGCUGCGCGCAACGAGCACAUGACGACGCUGCGCUUGGAGAGUGCGUUUUAACCGAAGAUCCUGGGGAGCGGUGGUGGUCUCAGCUGGUAGGUUUGCGGGAUUUGAAGUGUCAUCCCGGUGACUUCCCCGAAAGAUGCGCCGCAAAGGCGCCGCGGUCGCGGAGGCUUCGGGACGCGCGACUCUACCGCCCCGGGAGGCAGUGCUCGGUACCCGAGUUCCGCGCCAGCAGGCCCUGCCAAAGCCAGGGACGGUCCCGGCGAGUUCCGCGCCGUUCGAGUGCGCCGGUGCCGACGUGCGAUGCCCAGAACGGCAAGGCUGAACAGUCGGGCUUCAAGAGCUUCAAGGGAUGGGCCCAUGGGCAACGGUACAGCGAUAUCGCCCGGCCUUUGAAUUCAUUGCUGCAGUAUGUCGAGGUCAACCUCACCGCGGUGCGGAAGAUCUUAAAGAAGUUCGACAAGAAGAUCCCACCGGAGUUCCGAAUGCAAAAGGCUUCUGACUACAAGGCCACCGGGUCUCUCCUCAGCACCCCUUCAGGUCCUGAAGACCGCCGUGCAGAUGCAGCGACUGGUCACCGAGACAGUCGCGGAGAGUGUGGACUCGACGGUGCCCAUCUCUCAACUUGGGCCGGAGACCCUCGCGGUGUUGUCCGCGGUGCAGAAGCAUCACGUUUCGGCCGCUUGGCUCCGCGGGCCACCGGCGGCAGAACGGGACCCGGCCAAACGGGGCAGAUCGCGGCCGAACGGGACCUGGCCGUGGGCGUGUGGCGCGCUUGGCGCUGGUGGAGAUGGGUGGAUGAUGUCUUCGGCUAUUCCAAAGGGAAGAUCGACGUCUAUGCCAAGCCGAUGACCACGGGGGAGGCAGACGACCGUCUGCCUCCUGGCGCUGAUUUGGUCUUACGGGUUUUCCAAAUUUUGACUGGUUUGAAGAAAUUGUGCGUGUUGCUGAUGUCCUGCCCGUUGAUGGCAGUACAUCCGAGGAAGAACACAGUUCAUAUCUAUUGCGCUACCACGGAUGCUGGUUCAUCAGAGAUGGGUGCUCGGAAGGUCAUUCGUGCAGACACGAUGGAUGACCCCAAUUGCAUUUUCAUCGAGUGCACGUGCCUCGAGCACGCACAGCAUCUGGUCGCCCUUUCUGUUUUGAAGGCUGCGGAUAGGUGCCUCAAAGGAUUUCGAGAAUGGACUUACUACUCAUCGUUAGCGACCCUGGUGAACGUGUGCCGAGAUGUCAGCAAACAGUUGUUUAGAGCCUGGACUGAAGCAUAUGGCGCAGAAUCAGCCAAGAAGUGUGUGCGGACGCUGUUUCCCAAGGCAUGUUCUGGUCGCUGGUCUGGUUGCGAUCGGCCUGAACAGCGUCUUCUUCAAUGUGGGAAAGACAUGCUUGCUCCCAUUUUGGCCUCCGUCCUCAAAACCAAAAUGUCUAAGAGUGAUGACGGUGACACGAAAUCAAAGUCGCAUCCCUCAAUCAAUGACAUUGCAAUUGAGGAAACCAAAGCAUAUGCUGAAAAGAUGGGGAGAUGGAGAAAACGCAGUCUUAGCACUGUACAAGACACAUUGUUCUGGCGUGUUAUGGAGGUCAUGCACACCAGCCGAAAGCCUCUAACCCACUUGCAUAGCUUCCUUCAGCAACGUCAACUGAAUCAAUGGAACCACGUGGCACAGUUAGCUACUGGAAAGGCACUAUCUAUUUCUGAAGAAUUCCUGGACAUAUGGCCCCGGCUGACACAAUUCCAGUGUAUGGUGGAGGGGGAAGAUGAGGAGCCUGAGGAGUCCCAGUUUAUCCGGAACUUUGCGUUCUUCAGCUGCGUUACAUGUUAA